AUGACCACAGCGGUAGGUGUCUCUGCGUCUAGUUCAACUUCAUCUCGUUCCUCUUCAGCAACGACAAUCUCAUCGAGUGCUACGCCUACAUUUUUGGCUCCCGCUUCUACAAGUCCCUCUCCAAGUCCAUCUUCCAGCACGACAAAGUCAACUGCCACGGUGUCAAGUCAAACAUCCCAGUCCAUAACCAACAGUCCAUCCGGGCAGGGCGCCGCCAGCUCAUCUUUGAUCUUCUCGUCUUCUGCCCCCAUCACUACCACAACCAGCGCUGGGAGCUAUACAGGUAUGAAUACGGGAUCAACAACCAGAACCAGCAGCAUCUCAACCUCGGUCUCCUCUUCCACAUCCCGAAGCACAUCAUCUUCAAUUCCUGUACCCACUCCCUACCCCGCAAAACGCGGCCUCGCCUACCGCAACGUAACUACCCUUCAAUUCUAUCCCCCACCCUCGCCCUACAUUUCCUGGUCGUACAACUACUACUCACUUCCCAACGCCAGUGACGACAUGGGUCCCUACCCUUCCAGCCAGUACCGCUUCAUCCCUCUCCUCUACAACGACGCCGACUCCCUAACGUCCAUUUGGUCCGGCAACGUUAACUUUUCCAUCACAAACUACGGCGCGGACGCCAUCUUCGGGUUCAAUGAACCCGACGCCAACUUCAACGGCCAGUCCGCCAACAUGCCCGUCGCGCAGUCGAUCCAGGGUUACCGCAACUUCAUGCAACCCUUUGCCGGGCGUGUCAAAAUCGGCGCCCCGGCCGUGACUAACGCGGGCGGCGGGCUCACGUACCUAGCGCAGUUCCUGGGCAACGCAACCCAACAGAACCUGACGAUCGACUUCAUCAACAUCCACUGGUACGCAUCGCCCUAUAACAUCGACUACUUCGAGACCUACCUCCUCCAGGCGUACAACCUCUCCCUAACGUACUUCACAGCGUCGCCCAUACCUGUCUGGGUGACCGAGUUCGGCAUGGACCAGAACAACUACGACCAGGCCACGACGGUGCAAUUCCUCAAGAACGCGACCCUGUGGAUGGACGAGCAGGUCUGGGUCGAGCGGUACGCCUGGUUCGGCAACUUCCCCGGCGGUCUUACCAGUUACGGCGCUCCGACGACGAAUAUGCUCCUCAAUGUCGACGGCAGUGGGCGCGGCGUGCUGGGGGACCUGUGGUACAUGUACAACGGGACGAAUUAG